GUAAGUGUUGCAUCAGACGAUUAUUAGGUGUACAGUUGAUUUUCGUGUCAUGAAAACACAUAUUUAAUCAUUUAUCUAUCAAGUUUAGUGAAAUUUCAGAAAUUUUAAGAAAUUGAAGUGUGGAUUUGAUAGAAAAGCACUGCAGAUCAAAUGAUGAACGAUUAAAUGAUACGUAAUAAAAACUAAUUUGAUAUUUACAGUGGAAAUAUUGUCGAGUGAGAAAUCAACUGAGAAACGCUUUUCUGUUUCCGAGAGAUAUUUCUGAUUACUGAAAAAAAAACGGAGAUGAACAAAAGUCCAGUUUUGAGGAUAUUCUUUGUGAUGUUGUCAGCAGGACUAUCUGUUCAAGGUAUGGUCAAUAAAACACAGUCGUUCGAUGGAGAGGAGGAUGGCACAUUUAUCUGCAACCACUUCUGCGGAGCAAAAGAUAACGAGACGGAAUUGAUAUCACCGCCACGUUUUAAUCAGUCUUGUAUUCCAGAAGAGAUCCGGAAUACUAGUAUUUAUUAUACAGAGAAAGGCAGUGAUCAUGUAGUUAUCAAGUGGACAGACCCAAUAGCUAGGGACGGAGAUGAUAAUUCACCAAGUGUGAUACAAGUCAAGGGGAUCAAGAAUGGUGGUAAUUUCACCGGCGCACUUUUGGGUAAAACACAUACGAUAGUGUACAUUGCAACUGAUACAGAUGGACUGACAGACACUUGCUUCUUUAACUUCACAGUCAUAGUCCCUUCGUGUUCGAAGUUAGGUAAUGUUCAGAACGGACGCUACACAUGCACGAAUGGUACUGCUCCUGGCAGUUCUUGCAUGUUUGAAUGCCAUGACGGAUUCAAGACUACUGGAACUGGGAAUGCAACUUGUGGAUAUUUUUCUGAACCAAGGCAGUCUCGGCAGUCUCUUGUUUGGAAAAACGUUCAACAAUGCAAGCGGAUCAAAUGUGGUAUUCCGGCUGACCCUGAAAACGGAAACCUGACUUGUACAAAUACUACAUACCAAACAGUCUGUACUGUUAAUUGUAAUCAUGGAUAUACAGCAUUUGGACCAAAGAACAUCAUUUGUCAGGCAAAUGGAAACUGGUCAAAGGCGACAGUUUGUAUCAGUCAUGCACCCAAUGUAACAGAAUGUUCGCCUUCUUCGUGUAAUGGUCACAUGUGUUUACUUAACGACAACGGCACCUUUUUCUGCAACUGUUCUCUCGGAUGGUCCGGGCCCUUAUGCGAGAAUCCUCCAGAUAACUGUACAGGAGAUAUUUGUAUGAAUGGCGUUGAUGGAAAUUGGUCAGACUGGUCAAGGUGGUCGAAAUGCUCUGUUACAUGCGGUGUUGGUGUACGUUUACGAAACAGAUCAUGUGACAAUCCACCGCCAGAUAUACAUGGCAAAGUCUGUCAAGGAUCAUAUAAUGAAAGUUCUUACUGCGAAAACGACAAAUGCGAAGAGUGUCCCGCUCUCAAGCAGACAAAUGAAUCAUUAUCGUUUUAUGAAUGCAAGACUGACACCGACACGGGGCUUAAAACAUGUUACAUUACUUGCAAAAAUGGAACAAUACCUGUCCUACGGUUAGAAGGAUUUCAGACAAGGUGUGGUCAGGAAACAAAUUAUUACUGGGUGCCAGGAAAUGUGCAAGUUCCAUGCGUUG